AUGGCUUACCCAUACAUCGAUACUCCGCGCACCGAAGUCGACGGCAACGCGACUUACCUCACGAACGGCUAUCGCAGCGCCGGGAAAACGAACCUUUCUGCAUUAGACUCGGUCGAGAACUCAUUUCAGACGCCCUCGAAAGAUGAAGAUGUCCUUAAAGUCCUCGAUGCCGGGCGACGACGGAGUUCCGGAGCUUUCAAACUCAGCACGCCGCGUGCUGGCACCGGGCCGAAAUCGAACAAAAGCGCGCUGAGCGACCGACGAAACCUUCCUUCAGCAGCACCAGCGAAAGGUGAAUUCACACCGAUGAUGAGAAGCGCUACGAAAAACAACUAUCUUAAGAAUAUGUCUGCGACGCGAGGGGCAGGAGGUCCCAAAACACCAGCCUACCUCAGAGCGAGUUAUCGAAGCAACAUCAACACGCCAGGGCUACCGCCUCUCGAAAUGACUGGCAUUGAUGAAGAAGAGGAAAUGGACGAUCCCACACCACUCCCUCAAGUCGCGAGCAGCAGUCCACAAAGUACACCACUACCGUUUUUAUCAGGGAGAGAUGGAGGCGCUCUUAACGAUGGGCAGAAUAUGACACUGAAGGAGCAGGAGAAUAUUAUUGACAAGCUUGAUAAGGACAACUUCGGUCUGAAGUUAAAGAUUCACUACCUACAAGAGCAACUCGAAAAAGCCGGUCCAUCGUACAACCAAGCAGCGCUCCGUGAGAAUACCGAACUGAAAGUGUCGAGAAUGACGAUGCAGCGAGACAUAUCACGAUACAAGAAGGGUCUUCAGCAAGCGGAACGCGACUUGGAAACGUACCGCUUGCAAUUCCAAGAGCUUAGGGAGAAAUAUAAGAAGAAGAGCAUGGAUGACACCAUUCAGCGCGAUAUGGACCUGAUGCGAGAGGAAAUCGAGACAAGGGACGCUCAACUCAGAGAUCUCCGAGAAGAGCUCCGGACCGUAAAGGACGACCAGUCGCAAGAUAUGGACAAACUUCGUGAUGAAAUCGAGGACCUUGAAGCGUCGUUGAGAGAAAAGGAUCGCAUUAUCGAUGAGCGUGAUGAAGAACUCGAGGAACUGAGAGACAAGGACAGCAGGGAACAUAAUGCCGUUUCUGAACUCGAAUCUGAACUCCAACGCGCCAGAGAACAGAUGGAAGAACUCCAAGAUACCCUCGAUAAUGCAAGGUCGGAAGCAAGAGAAGCGAAGGAAGCCGAAAGCCGUGCAUUAGGGGAGCGAGAACGAGCUCAGAAAGACCUCAAUGAACUCCACGAAGAGAUGGCGAACAAAUCAAUCAGUACAAAGGGCUUCAAUCGUCAGCUGGAAGAGAAAGCGAACAGACUGGAAGACGAGCUCCAGGAAUUACGGCAAGAGAAUGAUGCUUUGAGGGGAGAAGUCGAGCAAAAAUCCCAGAACGAAGCUCAUCUAGAAGACCAACUCGAGAGGAUCCAGCACGAUAUGAAGUCUGACAAACUGGACCUGCGGCAAGAGCUCGAACAAACACGGCGCGAAUUGGACUUGGUUCAGCAAGAGCAUGAAAAGACGACUGCGCACUUACAAGACGCCCUCGAUGACUUACAACGCCAUAGCGAUGAGAGAGAGCUGUUGCAAACUCGGCAUCGUGCGUUAACGGAUGAGUCCGGUGGUUUGCAACGCGAACUCGCUCAAGCACAAUCCAAGAUCCGAGAACUUCAGCAAGCGGUAGAGAACGAGAAACAACGCGCUGUUGAUAGUGGACAUGAUGCCAGAACGCAAUACGAAGACGAUAUCGAAAAGCUACAGGAAGAAAUCGAAUCACUACAACACGAAAUCGAGGAUAAGGAAGGCCACUUUGCACUCGAGCAGGAACAGUGGGAAAGCACCAAGCGAACCCUGCAACUACAGAAAGACAGGGCAGAGGACCAAGCGGCUGCCUUCAAGCGCACCGUCGAGAGAUUGGAGCAAAUGGAACAUUCGCUCUCCGGAAAAGAAGGCAAACUGCAGGAAAUCAUCGAUAGUGAGAAAUCUCGUCAUCAGACUGCGGAAGCCGUUCUCAAUCGUCAACUCAAGGAGCUGAAUGAUGAGCUCACGUCCAAGAGACAAACCAUUGACGGCCAGCGAAGUGACCUUCUUUCAGCGAGGGAAGAAUUACGGGCUAGCAAGCGCGAGGAGACGACCUUGAAGGACAAGGUACAGGCUUUGGAAGAUGAGGUUGUUGUCUUGCAAUCCAGCUUGCAAGAGGAGCAAGAGUUCGCCCGUGGGCGGCUGCAGAAGGGAUCCUCGGACCAAGAAGGUCAGGUGCAAAAAUUGAUCGCCGAAAAACAAAGACUCCGCGAUCAAUUGGCCAACGCCCAUGUUGAGUUACAUGAUCUGCGGACUGCCUUGUCUGAACUCGAGACGGAGCGCAACGACCUUCAAAAUCAAUUGGAUCAAGCCCAGAACCCAGCUGACGACACCACACGAUUUGAUCGAGAGAAGCACGAACUCCGGAAGGGCAAUUUGCGUGUCGAGAACGAGCUGAGGCGACUGAAAGAUGACAAGGCGGCGCUUCUCGAAGCAAAAGAAACACUCGAGAAGCAGCUCAAUGCUGAGAUCGAGCGUGCUACCGCUGAAGAAAACCACAUGUCAGCAGAAAUUGACCGACUUCAAGACAAACUGCGAUUACCCUCUGGCGGAACAGACCGAGAGCUCAGUUUGGCGAAGAGCAAAGUGCAGCGUCUUGAGAGACGCGUGCAUGAGCUUGAGGGUCUCCUCGAACAGCAGCCACCGCUGUUGGAGAAUGAGCAUUCUGCUACGAAUGCGGAUCUUUCCGUGCUUCGCCAUAGCUUGGAUGAAGCUCGUAAACGUGAAAGGACUCUCAUUCAGCGCGAGGCUGACCAGAAAUCCUCUGUCCGUACCUGCAAGUCACGGAUUGCAGAGCUCGAAAGAGAGCUACAUGAUGCACUAAUGAAGAAAUAUGACACGAACUCCCCGCAAUCAUCUCCGUCCGACAAGUUACACCUAGAGCUACGCACCCUCCGACGACAACUAUCCGAUGCCCACAAGUCGCUCAAGGAAGCAAAGAUAAAGAACCGUGACCUCGAGCGCGCCGCAAUGAGAGAAGAGGACCAGCGGGACAUCCACGAGCUCCUCAAAUCCUCCACGCUGGAGGUAGAAGCCUUGGAACUCAAGCUCUCUGAACGAGACGCCAAGUUCAACGAAUUGAAGACCCAGGUCCGCCGGAUUCGCGAGGAACGCGCUUUCUGUGUGAAGAAGGCAGAAGCAGCCACCAGUCAAGUAGAGAUUCUCCAGAGCCGCUACAACCAGGCCAUGGAGAAGUUGUCGACCAAGGGCGACAGCAGCAAGACUCGUCACGACAAGGAGAUCCUGGGAUUAGGGAAGGAAAUCAUGUGGCUAAGGGCACGGUUGAAGCGUGAGGAGAAGUUCCGUCGUGACCUUGCCUGGAGUAAGGGCCUGAUGGAACUCGGAGAGCGUGUUCGUGUUGCAUGCAACGAUGCCGACCUUCGCAUGAUCGCCGAGAUGGGCGUUAAGCCUCGUGACCGCACUCAGAUCCGCAGCCCACGCCAAAAGUUAAAGACCGCCGUUUCCACCGUCAGGGCCGCCAUGCGCAUGCAACGAAUGGGCCGGGAUUGGAAGAUGACCAAGAAACUAGGCGAGGGUCUGAAACGUGCGAAGAACGAGGUGCUAAAGAGAAGGGACAGCUCGUAUAAGUCGAUAACGGAGUAA